CGUCAAGGUCUCUUGCACCUCUCAAUUGGAGUAGUAUUUGAUUUGUAGGUCAAAGGCUUAUAAAUUGUAAGGAUAUUAAAGCUUCAGAUAAUUGCAACCUGCGGUUCGCUGCUUAUGUAUAAGCACAAUUACAGAUGUCUAUCUCACUCAAUUCAUUAGGAAUUAUUUUGGGGCAAUAGGAAAUCAAACAAACUUUAUCUGUGCCCGGUGAUUCUUGAUUAUCUUUUGACAUUUUCAUACGUCUAAAACCAAACCAGGUCAUCUAAAUAUUAUUCAGAAUUGCUGAUAAUGGCUGAUAUUUCGGCCGCUAUGGAAAGGUCGUUUAUAUCCAUGUUUGUACAUCAGACCUUUGUUCCAUAAUGACAAGUCCUCUGAUUAGUUUAUUUCGUCUAUUGUCAAUUCUUCCACUUGCCUAUAAAUAUCAAUAUCUUUGUACCUCUUUGUUAGUUCCAUUUAGUCUGACAAUUUGCCAAACAAUAAGUCAGCACUGAAAUAAUGUCUGUUAGUGUUAACAAUAUCUGGUAGACAUCUGGAUAUUUGGAAUUAGUAUGGCUAGAUCUCCACAACAAAGGCAAACUAAAUAAAUGUUAGUACAUAAACACAAAUUCCAUCUGCUGAUACACUUCAAAGUGACACAAAAAUGGAAAUUAGCAAAUGCGAACACAAUUUACUAACAAUAUAUCAUUGUUCGACCUAACGACUGGCCUUUCACUAUCAUCGGUGAAAAAAUUCAUUAUGGAAUAUUUUUGCAAUAUUUCUGGAGCCGCCUUGGGGAUCACUGACUAGUUUUUUCUUAUAGGACAAGCCAUUUUUAUUCACCAAGGCUUUUGUUGCGUCCUUAAUAUUCUAGAAAAUAGAUUUUAACUAUUUAGAACCGGUACAAAUGAACAUGUUCCAAAGUCUCUCUGCAUCCAAAAAGUUUUUAAAUCUUUUUUGUUAUCUGUUGAGAUCAUUUUUUGGGUUUAUUUGGGCUUAAUAAUUGUAUAAGAGAUGGGCGUCACGAAGCUAAAUCUACCGUUAGAUUCAAUUCAUGACUCUGGUUUAAGAGCUAGUACGAUCCGACUAUUUCUUUGACAUAGUACACUCACUGUUGGUGUUUUCUCGCUCCAAAUUUUAGAUAAGCUGGACAUGAUCAUAAACUAUGUCACAGGCUGUUAAUAUGAAUGGUAAACUACAUGAUCGCUUUUGACAAAUUCGUGAUGGAUCUGGAUACAUCAUAGUAACCACAUUGCUGAAAUUCUGUGUUUACAAUUGUUAUUUAUUUGAACACAAACAUUGGUACAAGGGGGCACCAAAUACAUAUGAGCCACACAAUAACAAUGAAGCCAGUAGUCAUUAUCAUUGAUUUGUGUGAGGGCUGUGAUACUGCUCGGGUGCAUGGGGCCCUUGAUAUAAAGGUCUAAUGUACAAAGCAGGGGCAGCGUUAGGGGAUGAAGUUCAAUGGUAGCCGGUGACCAACAGUAGGUUCAUACUCUAUUUGUUCCUUUAGGACCCUGAAGUUUAUAUGUACCACUGGUUUGGAAUCAGGGUUUACUAACUUCGCUAGAUGGAUCCUCUGUGUCCACUGACUAAGGUCAUUCUAUGAUAAAUAAAACUACAUAAAGUUACUGAAUCGAAUGUAAGGUUGAACUGGAGUCGAUUUGGUAGACAACACUCGUCACUGAGAGAAGGCAGUGAGUAGAACUUCCGUGGGAGUGGCUUUAUACGUGUGGCCAUGUGUGAGCAUUUGUAGAGGGAGAGUGAACUCUCCCCACUCUCGACCGUAUCAGGGCACUUAGUGGCAAUGAUCAUUAAGUAUCUGAAAAGCGAAUGUUAGCUUUAUUACAAGUAAUUUUAAUGCAUCUUGGAUAUUAAGUUUAUUUCUAUAUGACAUUUCUUCUCAAAAUAUUCUUGCUCUCAGUCCUCCUCAUAAUUUGCUUUAUCAGUAAAAUUUCCACAAAUGCACACCUAUGUAUUAGAAUUUGUUCACUUUUGGAGCAGCAUCUCUGAACCGAGUUGUUUUUAUCUUGCUAUACUUGGCCACUAAGACUAAUAUUGUUAGCUAUUUUCACUAUUAAAUGAAGACUUCGCCAGUGGUUAAUAAGUUUAUAUUUUUAGGCAUCAAAUUAUCGGAGCUUACUUAAAAUAUUCCCAUUUCGGCAAGUGGUUAUUAAAUCGGCGUGGUUCUUCUAGUUGUUUGAUAUGCCUACUGAUUCUCUAUCAGAAAACGAAAUGUCGGUUCAUAGCUCUGUCGUUUUUAGUUUUUCAGAUCAGGUGACCUAGUGUAUGUAUCACUUAAAUAUAAGUCAUUGUGCAUAAAUUUGUAAAUCAAUCCCCAGAAGCUUGUUCAAAUCCGUUAUUAGCUUUAUAGAAGUUCCACCCAACCAAAUAUGACUCAGUCAUCAUACUUAAUGGCCUUUAUUCGGAGUCUCAUGGAAAAUAGCUCCAUGGACAUCCGAGAAAAGAAGAGACGUCAACUCGAAAAAGAUUUCACAGAAACAGGAGCGGUGCUUAACAUAUGUCUCACUGAAAAGUUUGGUGAUGUGAAUAAGAUUUUGAACACUUAUGGAAUUGUUUCACAGCGUGUUAGGGAUAACAAGACGUCUGUCGCUAAAAUACAAAGGGAUCUUGUCGAGUGUAAAAGUUUGCUAUAUUGCAACAGGGAAGAACUAAGGAGACUGUGGCUGGAACUCGUUGAGCAGAGAAGAUGCUUAGAGCUGGUAGAUCAGUUAGAUCGUCUACGUUCUACCCCAGAUGCGUUGGGGUAUUUAGUAACCGCUCGUGCGUGGUCUGAAGCCACUUCCUUAAUGAUCAACUCGAAUUAUAUGCUUGAUUCAGAAAUUGCCUCAAUACCCGCGGUUCAAACACUGAAAACUGACCUGGCACAUAAAAACAAGUUUCUUAUUGAUGAACUGAGAAAAGAACUGAACCGUUUGCUCUAUGAUAAACCGUUUAUUUUGGCUUUGGAUAUGCAUAUCAGAAAUCCUUCACGAGAUAAAUCAGUUCGCUUUCAUUCUGAUUUACAAAAUGUCAAUUCACUGAAUAAAGCUGCUGUUACACAUUUUGUUAGUUUACCAUUAUCUGAUUGGUAUAAUGCAUCAGUCAGUGAACCGGUAGUUGAUGCGAAUCUAUAUAAAGAACCUAGAACAGUGGCCACAGUGAUUGCACGAUCUACAGUAACAGCUUCACAUCAUGAAGAUGACUCAGUUGAUUCUCAACAACAUCAACACAAUAGUGCCUUAUCUCAUUCUGAUUGGAUACGUGAAAUUGUAGCUGUAACACAUUGUCUUAUACGCUUGCAAAAAUUACCACAGUAUCUAGGUGAUUGGCGUCCUCAAUCGUAUAUUUCGCAAAUAGCUGGAACUGGUCAUGUGUUUACAGCACCACUGAUUCUAGGACAAGGUUUAAUUGGUGAAAUUCAUCGUUCAAUUGUUUUGAAAUUAAGUAAAACAAUUGAAAACAGAGCAAUUGCUCAAAAUGAUACUGUCCCAUUGUCAGAAAUUAAUUCACCUAGAUAUUUGAUCAAAUUAUUGGAAUUAGUAUUUGAUGCUUUAUUUAUGCAAGCUAGAGCAUGUCUUCUUGUUUUACGUACCUUGAAUGGAGCUAAACAGAAACAUGUCAGGUUUUCAACAGAAUUACAAGGUUUAACUACUCAUUAUAUCUGGUCUUGUGUGCAAUAUGAAGUUUAUUGUAUUUUAUUAACACAUUUAAAUAAUAUUUCACCAAGCGAAUUAAAUGAAUUAUCACUUUCAUCAAAUAAAAAUGGUUUGCUUAAAUUACAAGCACGAACUGGUAGAAACAGUAUUGUUAGUGGAGGGGAUAUUACACCAGGAAGCGAUAAUUCCAGUGCUUCAUUAGAUCUGACAAAAGUGGAUUUAAAUGCAUUAAUGGGUCGUAAACGUAUUGGAGCAUUUAAUUUUCCAUCAAUAACUACAAGUUCAAGUAAUAGUAACAGUACUGCUGCUUCUUCUACUACCACUGCUGCCAAUACUAUUAAUGCUAAUUCUACCAUUACUACUCCUGGAAAUACUACUAAUACACGAGAUUCUCAGUCUGUUAUUGGCACAAUCUCAGGAAAUGUUACGUCGAACCAUAUUGGUAAUAUUGGAAGUGGAAACUUCAUUACUAAUACAACUGCUGCUACUAAUCAAGGUCAAAGUAAUGCGCCAUUAUUUAGCUUUUCUAAUUCAUCACAUUAUCUUGGAAUAUCUACAUAUUUAUCAGAAAGUCGUGCAAUGUCAGGUUUACCAGGUGUUGAGACUCAAUCUGGACAAAAUCUCACAGAGAAAUCAGCUCCAAUUUACCCGUUAGCUUGUCGACCAUCUGGUGAUAAUAUAUUAAGUGUAUACAAAAUGGUUAUGGAAUUCAUUGAAGCUGUUGAAUGGGAAAUGAUCAAAUAUACUGAAUUUUCUGAUCUACAUUCUGUGUCCUCUACUCCUUCUGAUACAGGCAAUGAUUACCGUCAACAAUGUCAAUUACGUACAUUACUCAAAAGUUUCAUUGAAACUAUUUAUCUACCUGGAAAACUUUCUUCUUUACGUAAUAAACUUCAGAAAUCACUUAAUUCGCCAGACGUUUUAACAUCUGUUGUAUCUCAACAAACUGAACGUGAACUGAAUCUUAAUAGACCGAUUCUUUUAAUCGUUUACGUCGUGGAUCAGUGUUUAAAUGAAGUAAGAAAAAUGUGUAUCGCUUUACCAGAAUUUGCAAGUGGUUGUCUACACAUUGGUCUAACAAUUUUAGAAGAUUUUAUCACUGCUAUAUGGAGGAUUUAUAAAAAUAUAGGUGAACUUGAAACAGGUCUUGCUUUGCCAAGUUCUGAAUGGUCAAAAGAUGAUGAUGUUAGUCGAUUUUGGAAAAAAUUCCCAUCAUGGCAACGUAUGGCUACACAUGAAGCACGUUUAUUAGCUAAUAAUACAAUAAUGGAGAAAUCAUUGGCUAAGAAAAAAACACACGAAACAAAUUAUAAUCAUGAUAAUAAAAUAAUGAAUACAAAUUCAUUUAAUGAUAUACAAAUAAAACGAUUAGAAGAAAAAGAAGAAAUUGAAAAAUUAAAUUCUAAAGAGAAAAUAAAUGAAAGUGAUACAAUUAUUAAACCAGUUUGUGCAAUUGCUUUAGGCUUAUAUAAUAAUGAUACAAUUGGUUGUAAUAAUAUUAAUAUACCAAGUAUAAUACCAUUUGCUAAUGGAUUAAAUAAUAAUUCCGAUAAUAUAGAUGAUGCAGAGAGAGGUUUAGAAUAUAUGCGUUUACAUGGAAUAAUUCAUGAACGUGAAGCGACAAGAUUAGCUGUUGCUGAAACUGACCAAUUAAUUCAUAUGAUAAGACAUGAACUACCCGAAUGUGAGAAAAAAUCUGAUCAAAUUUUACCUACAUUACGAAAUAUUCAAUUAAUUAAAGCAUUGGGUCGAUUAACUGAAUCAUUGUGUUGGCUCUGUUAUCGUGUACUGAAUUUAGACACAUGGACUCAAGGUUCAAAAAAAUAUCAAAUAAAAUCUUCUGUAUCUAUUAAUAUUAAUAGAAGCGAAUCAGUAGUUGAUGGAAUACGUACAUCUUCUGAUUAUUAUUAUAAUUCGUUUGUUUCUUAUGCAAAAGAAUUAAAUCGUUUCUCAGAAGCAUGUCUUUUAAUGACUUAUUUAGAAGUAAGAAUACAGGCAUAUAACUAUUUCGGUACAUUACCUGAUGGUGUUACCUAUUGGUGUCCAUUAGACGAUGUUGAUGUUGAUAAAUAUGUGACAGAUUUUCUUGGAUAUAUUGAACAAGUUAAAGAUUUAUCGAUACAUACAUUUAGUCGGCAUAAAUUUCGAUUUAUUUUCGAUGGUCUUGGUGAUUUCAUUUCACAAUUGUUAUUACGUUUAAUUCCACAAAUUGAAAGAAUGAAUUCAAAUGGUAAUAAGAAAAUGUGUCGAAAUGUUUAUCGAUUACAACAAGCAUUGGCAACUUUAACUGAAACACAUGAAUCUGAUUUAAUUCGAGUGAAACAAUUAUAUGAAUUGUUCUUUUUAACACCUGAAGCAGUUGUGAAUCGUUUAAUGGAACAUGGUAUUGCAUUUGAUCAUGCAGUAUAUGCUAAUCUCUUUCAUUUAUAUCAACGUAGUCAUUCAACAUAUGCAUAUUCGAAAAUACAAAGUUGUAUUGCUAGACUAGCUACUGUUACACAUAGUGGACAAAUUUAAAAGAAAAAAAAAAAGAAGUUCCACGUUCUAUCUCAUAUUGAAUACAAAAAAAUCCGUUGAAUUCACAUUCUCUUGUUGACUGUUUACAAAGAAUAAAAAUAAUUUACUUUUUUUUAUGAUUAAUUAACUUUUAUUUUUUUUAAAAUUUUUCUUUUUGUAAUCAGUUUUCUUUUCUUUAAUGGUUCUUGUUGUAUGUAUAAACAUCAAAUAUUUCUUUUAAUAUUCUGUUCAACUUAAUGUAUAACCAGAUAUUUAAACAUGCAUAGUGUUUACCAAGGGUUGGCACUUGUCAAUAUAAUGUGUCUGGAAUGUUUUUUUUUAUUAAAAAAAUUAAUGAUAUCAAUGUAAUUUAAAUCGGAGUUCAUCAGUGGCAGUAUCAGAGAUGUUACUAUUAGUGUCCCCGGAUCAUAAACGACUGUGAAAAUGAAAUGGUCACUUUAACUGAUCAUGUAUUUCUAAUUAGUCGCAUAUUUGUUGGUUGCUAAUGAAAAUGAAACAUGAACACUAUUUUAACUGACUUGAUAUGGAUGAUAACGUGGUUAGAGAUUAUAAUUGCCAAUAGCCCUUGGAACUAGAUUAUGUUAGUUAUCACUCAUUAGCAAGGCAAUAUAUACAUUUUACACUGACAAAUGACCUACCGGUUUAUGUAAAUCAACCUCAAAGGGACGUGUAUCUAAGUUAGAAUAGUUCAUGAUUACUUCUGUGUAAUUGGUUUAAACGUCGUUGAAGGAUAAUUAACUAUUUUCUAGCUGCAAUCCUACAAUAGAUGCCAAAUGCAACUCCGAAAAUUUUCGCUUUUUCACAACUCUAUUCAAUAGUUUCAUGUACACACUUCAUUUUACUAAAAUAGUGUUGUUUGCUAAUUUUUAUAGCUAGAC